AUGGACGGCUCGAGCGUUCUUAACGACGAUAUUAUAGUGUUGUUUAAAAACGUGCGAUUGGCUGAGUACCUGAACUAUCUUGAGGGCAUGGAAAGAAUAGCUCAAACAUCAUCAAAUCACAGCUAUAAAGCGGUUAUUAAGAGACAGCGCGAUGUGCUUCAUGAACUGCGCAGUGAUUAUCACCGAAUUUCGGAAAAUAUUAAUCAAAAACGGGAACACAACGCUUUGCUACACCCCACCAUCACUCGCGAGAUGUCCGGAGAAGAGGAUGAAACAAAGAUUUUACUCAAAGAACGCGGAGCUGCGCAGCGUUCUCUGCAAAUGGCCGAUUCCUAUCUUGAGCAGGCCUCGGAGAGCCAUUCGAUGCUGCUAAGCCAGCGAAAGAAGUUCCGUUCCAGUGCAGACAAGCUGUUCAAUGUAAUAAACCGCGUACCCGUCGUAAACUCUCUCACCCGGUCAAUUCGAAACAAAAAGAACAGAGACAAGUCGACUCAAGAGACAGACUUGACAUGUAGCUUGAUUGUUGCCUGCGUGAUCGCGGUGUGUAUCUGCUUCUGCAUCUGGUACGUUUUCCACAAGUAG